AUGCCGGCUCCUGCGCCGGGCAAGAUACAGGCCCUGCCUGGUGAGUCCACCGAGGUGGCUGGCAGUGAGAUGAGGCGAUCAACACCGUCAACUGGUGUCACCGUCCGACAAUACCGCCCUGCCGAUGUGCAGCUGCUUCACUCGCGCUGGCACGGGGCAUCUGCUUUGCCAGGUGAGCUACCGUCAGCCGACGAUGAGCUAACAGACAGCCCGGAAUGCGUGCCAACACGAUCAACGCUCGACUUCUCUGUUUACAACCUCGAUCCAUCGCGGGCAGGAGCGCGGAGCACUUUCCAUGGCCCCGCAGCGCCGAGUAGCUGGGCGGGAAAGGGGUUCCUUUCGUGGGCACUGGCCGAGGGCGGGAGCGGGAGCACUCUCGCGCGAGGUCGCCUCGUGCGUGAAUAUGAGUUCUCGCCAACGUGCUUCUCGGAGGGAGGCGGUCUCGAGGGUCUCAUGGCUGCUGCUGCUGCCGCUGAGGCCGAAGGCGACGGCAAGGGCUGGGGUCUCGAAGUGACGCUGACUCUGCGUCAACUGAACCCCGAGGGCAAGAGCGAGUUCUCCGGCCGACAGGCAUUCGAAUCAAUGCUGGCCGGCGGGAAGUCUACGGCCGCAGCGCCGAUAGCUGUUGCGAGCAGCCCAGCACGCCCCUUGAACGCAACCGAUGCCGUGUUUGCGAAACCGCCCCCGCCCCCGCCGAAGCCCACGUCUCCUUUGCGACAUGUUCGCACGAUGCCCCGAUCGACGCCUGGCGGACCCAGCGGAUCGGCGUCGUCGCCUAGUCGACACAGCGUUUCCAGCGUAAACAGUAACGCGACUGUUAAGCCCGAGCCUUCAAGAGCGAGGGAUACAACACCCCCUCCUCGCACUGGACCACGUACACCACCACCGCCAUCACCGGCUAGAGCACAACUCAUGAACAUCCUCAAGGACCAGGGCCGCGUGUCGCCCAACAUGGCGGCCAAGAUUGCGUACAACCCCUUCCUUGCCAAGCUGCUCAAGGCCAUGCCCGACUCGCCGAGCAAGAGCCCCGUUCGUCCUUCGCCGAAGGGCGCGAACGGUAUCAGUGGCAUGCUCUCUCCCUCUCCUUCUAGACGGAGUGAACGUGUCGCGCUGCAGCACAAGCCUGCUUCUGCCUCCGUGCUCGCGCAGGCGAGCAGCAGCGGCAGCCCCUGGGCGCCGACACCGACGCCUGCGGAGCAGUGCUACAAUUGCGCAUCGACUGAGAGCGACCAGUGGAUGACGAAGAAGCUCCGCGACGGGCCAGUGUGCCAGGUCUGCAACGCAGAUUGCGGGCAGUAUUUCAACAAGCAUAAGAAGAUGCGUCCGCGCGAGCUGUGGGCCAAGCCUGCCGCAGCGUCGUCCGCGGCUGCUGCGACGCCGCCGGUUCGCUCUUCGCCCCGCCUGAACCGUGUGCGCAACGAUGAACCUCCUCCCGAGAGCCCGCGAAAGCGUGCACGCAAGAGCAGCCCGCGGCGCCAGCCUCCGCCAUCGCCCUCUCCCCGCCGCUCGACCCGCAACACGAACGCGACGCAGCAGCAAAACGGACGCACCUCCCCAACCCCCGGCGAGAACGGGGGGACGGUGCAGCCGCUCGACUUCCACUUCCCGUUCGGUCUCGAACCUCUCCCGCCCUCGACCGACGGCGCGGACCUCGAGUCCCUCUUCCUCAGCUUCGACGACGACGCGAACGGGCCGCCCAGCGAAGCCGUCGACCUCAUGGAGAUCUUCGGACAGGGCCAGGAUUCGGACGCGAUCAUGGACCUCCUCAGGGUCAUUGAGAGCGAGGGCGACAAUGCCUAG